AUGGUCCGGAUUGGCCCCAAGGAAGUGGACGUGGCUGACCCAGCGGCGGCACGAGAAGUCCAUCGCAUGGGCACUGUAUUCACCAAGGCACCGUUCUACCGUCUCCUGUCCCCAGGUCCAGUCGAUAACAUCUUCAACUUCCGCGACCAGAAGAAGCACAGCCAGCGUCGCAAGCUAUACGCCAAGGGCUUUACUUUGGUCGAGUUGCGGAGGAAUUGGGAAACCACGAUCAACAAGACCAUCCGCAUGGCUGUACAGAAAAUGAAGGAAGAAGCUGCCAACGGCGACACAGAGCUCAUGGGCUGGUGGACGUUGAUGGCCAACGAGAUUGUCUGCCGCUUGACCUUCAACGGUGGCCACGGAACUGUCGAAAAGGGUAUCAAAGAUCCAUUCGUCCUCAUGCUCGAGAAGCGUAAAGGCGAUCUUGCGCAUCUCCUCAAGAUGUUCAUCCCUCCUCUUUACUACGUCGGCCGUGUGCUUGGAAAGGUCAACACGCGCAUGAACGACAUCUUCUACUCGCAGGAGAAGAUGUUCAAGGCUGGUGCUGGCGUCGUCCAGAGUGCUCGUCAGGACAAGGAGGCUGGCGAGUUCAACCAGAACUUGUUCGCGAAGGCGCUGCAGGAAGGCGAGGGCGAUGCCGCGACAUUGACUGACACCGACAUCAUGACCGAUGCUGGCGCACUGCUGUUGGCGGGCUCCGACCCGACUGCCAUCUCGCUGACGUUCCUGGUCUACCUCGUGCUGAGCAGGCCCGAGCUCCAGAAGCAGCUGGAGGAGGAAGUCGCAUCGAUCGAUGGCGAAGUGACUGAUACGGCGUGUGAAGGUCUGCCACUCAUGAACGCGGUCAUUGACGAGAGCAUGCGCCUGUAUGGUGCCGCUCCGGGAGGUCUUCCUCGUAGCCCAGCGGCCGGAGGUGCCAAGCUGGGUGGGUACUACAUGCCCGAAGGCACUGUCGUCGAUACGCAGAACCGGUCUCUACACACGGAUGAAGGCACGUGGAAGGAUGGCCAGGCAUUCGACCACACUCGCUUCCUGCCAGAGAACAGGCUGGAGUUCUCCGCGCACCAGAAGAUGGCAUUCAACCCAUUCGGCCAAGGCUCAAGACAGUGUCUGGGUAUCCAUCUGGGCAAGCUGGAGAUGCGCCUUGCCGUCGCUCACUUCUUCCGGGAGCUGCGGGGAGCCAAGCUGGCCAAGUCGGCAACACCCGAGAGCAUGGCGGUGGUGGACAGUUUCGUGGCGGGUGUGCCGAGGGAGCGGAAAUGCGAGGUGACGAUGAAGGCACGAUCAGAUGCACAUGUGAUUGGGGUGUUGGAGCCGAGGGAGAAACGCCCAUCAAGUUCCAGUGGCAGCUUUACGCAAGAUUGA